AUGAGUGAUGCGGUAUACCCGGAUCGUGACAAUAGAAAAUUGGUUGCCAAAAUAUACGACCUUCUUAAUUUCAGCAAUGAGGAGGGAUUUAUUAAUCCUGUUCAUUGCGUGGACAAGCAUUAUACCCACGAGGCUCAUGCUUACGAAGUCCUAUCCAAGUUGCACGGGGGCCGAUGGGACAAGACUCUGGCAAUGCAAUUUAAUGACUGGAUUGAUUGGGAUUGGCGGUUCUGGAUCGAAGUUGAGUAUGCUCACAUUGCUGCAAUGACCACAUCAGAGUAA